AAAAAUUUCAGGUAACUUUUACCUGGAAUAAACUUGUUGCUUUUUAUUUAUCUUGUUAUUGUGAUUCGGUCAACAUUAAGUUGGAUUUUAAUUCUUAUCACAAUUUACUAAUUGCUACUCAAUGUUAACCAUGCACUGGAUUUAUUGGUUAAUUGUUAAUUCAUUGUUUGUACCCUAUGGAUUUAUGGUUAAUUGUCAAUCAUUAUCUUCUUCAGUAAGUGAUCAAACUAAUAAUUCAAAGUUAAUUGUUUCAUCGUCAUCAUCGUCCAAAUGUCAACCAAUUUGUUUGGAAUCAACAAUUAAUCAAGGAAAAACUGAUUCCAACAAUAAAUCGGAUAAUAUUAAGGAAUCAAUCACGACAAUUAAGGAUAAACCAAUUGAAAAGUUAAUUGUUGUUGGUGAUAAAGUUGACGGUUUACCGGAACCGAUUGUCCAAGGAAACGGAAAUGGUCCAGAAGAAAAGGUUCAAAUUGGUAAGUCGAAAAGUGAGUCGAAUGUCCAAUCAGAUUCCACUUCGACUUCGACCGAUGCAAAUGGUCAAAUUCCUUGGAAUUCAAGUCGACGAUCUAAAGCUCCAAUUCGUCCGCCCAAACUAAGAUUUGGUUCUAAACCGAUUCCGACCAAAACUCGACGAAUCUCUUAUGGCUCUAUGGUUAAACCUCGAAGUGUCGGUAAAGAUUCUGAUCUGAUUCCACUUUCGUAUAAAAAUUCAUCAUCACAGGUUGGAGGACAUGAUAUCCUUGAGAUAUCAUCAUCGGAAAAACGUACCUCACGAAUGAGAAUUGGACCUGAUGAACAAUAUUAUCAACUUACAAGUGGUAACUCUUAUUAUCGUCAUCAUCACCACCACCAACAUCAACCUAAUCCACUUGAUCACCAAUCAAAUGAGCAACCAUCUAGAGUGUUGAGAAUACGUAAUUCAGGUAUUACAGGUCAACAAAAUGAAGAGAUUUUAUCACCAUCUUCCGGAUUAUCACCACAAUCAUCAUCAUCAUCAAGUUUAUCUCCAUCGCGUGUUAAUAAUUCCUUGUUGUCAUCGUCUUCCCCUUCCAUAACACCAAAUAAUGGUGACACUCGAAGUACUUCUCGAAACAUCCCCAAGCUGUUAUUACCCAAAUUCUCACGACCUGCAAUGUACAGUUUAAACGGAUUUAUACCUAAACCCAAUUUACAACGAUUAUCAACAACAUCAACCAGUACAACUGUUAGGCCUACAUAUAAUUACCGGUUAAAUCGUAAGGAAUCAGCACGAAGCUACAAUUUGGACAAAAACAAUCAAAGAAAGUAUGAAGUUAAACAUCGUCAAAGUUUAGAGGAUUCAGAUGAUUUAAAAAUCAGCGGAAGUUCAAAUCGUUUAUCGAAACGAAAAGGAUACCUGUCAACAAGCUCUAAUAAAUUGGGAACAUCAAUUAAUCAACUAACCAGUAGCCACUCAAGAUCAAAGGUUGGACGUCGAGGUGAACCUGGUAAAGAUUUUCCAAUAAUCAAUACAAUUCCAAAAACUUCAUUUGAUUGCAAGGAUCAUAUUGGUGGAAGUGGAUUCUAUGCCGAUCCAGAGACGGGAUGUCAAGUUUGGCAUAUGUGUCAAGGUCAUCGAAAACACUCAUUCCUCUGUCCAAACGGAACCAUUUUCAACCAGAAAUCCGGUGUUUGCGAUUGGUGGUACAAUGUCGACUGCGAGGAACCCGUGACACUUUUAACUGUCCCAAGCGAAUCGACAAUUCGACAGACCAGAAGAUCGGGUUCAUCCAGUUUAUUCGAAUCCGUAUUGAUGGACAGAAAAAGAAACUUUUACCAUUGAGUUAGGAAUAAGAAGAAGAAAAAAAAAUGAAUCCACCAAACAAAGAAAAAUGAAAUUAACGUAUAUAUAUUUAUCGUAAUCACCGAAAAUUGAUCAUCACCAAAUCAAUGGUGUCAAUCAAAGACAAUCAAAGACAAUCCUGUUGAUUAGAUUUUUAUUCCAUCAAUCCCUUUGUAAUCAUCUCUGAAUUGGUAAUCAGAUUGGAGACUAAUCAAUGAUAACAAUCAGCCCUUAAUCCGCUGAUUUAAUUUUCACCAAAAAAAAAAGAGACAACAAUAUCAAGACAAAGGUUAACAAUUAUCAUCAAUCACCGACACCAUCAAACAAUCAUCAUCAUUAUCAGCACAAUCAACGGAUCAAAAUAACAAGAAAUCAAAUGAUCAUCACAUUUCUCAUCAUUAAUCAUUUACUCGUAAUUCUUAAUCAUUGUUAUAAUAAUAAUAACAAUAAUCAAAUAUCAACUACAAUGUUAAGAGACAAUAUCAAUCAUUUAAUGAAGAAAAGGUUCUAAUGGAUUAAAUCAGAUUAAUCGUAUGAAUUUUCAUCCUCAUCACGAAUUCAUAAAUCUCCAAUCAUCAAAAUUUUCCAACAAUUAAUACAAAUUGUAAAUUGUUCUACUUUGGUUCUAUUGUAAUUUAUUUUGCUCUAUUUUUGUUACUUCUAUUCAUGUAUUCAAAUUAAUUAUCAACAAUUAAACCUUUGGUUAAACUAAUUGUUAAAA